AAUGCGGAUGUUGUUACUUCUUUAGCCAUCUUCCGGUGUCCACAGUUAGUAGCAAUGGCUCGCCUGCUACCAUUUAAUGUUGCUGUUAUUUACAUUGUUUUGUUAUUUAUAUGCGCAAAUUUAGUAUCGUGUAAUAAUGGCCGAAGGGUCGGUGAUCCAUUGGAGGCCGAGCUCAGUGGAUUCUCUGUGCCGCUUGAACACUCGUUUGAACUCGAUGAUGUUGCAAAGUUUCAGUCGCGUGGAUCCUUGCUGCUGAAAACGGGUCGGGAGCCAAGCGUCUCUGUAACUCAGAACCAGCUGUCAGAAGACGAGCGCUCCAAGCUGAAGGAAGUGGCUGCAGUCGACGGGCUGUACAGAAUCCGAGUGCCUCGGGUUUUCCUGCAGGCGGACAGACAGACGGAGUGGCAGAUGGACGGUUACCUCACAGCGUUCGUCAGAGCCUGUGCGAUGGUCGAGUCCCACCUGAGCGACGUGAUCACGCUCCACACCGACGUGUCGGGAUACCUGAUCGGCGUCUCCAUAGUAACGUUACCUGGAGCCUGCAGAGGCGUGGAGGUGGAGGAUGAAGUCGACCUGGAGGUUUUCAACACAACUCUGAGCAUCAUGGCUCCUGUAAACGCUCCAGGACCGGAGACGGCUCUGUUCCUGGAACGGAUGGAACAAGAAUCUGAGAAGAAAGGAAAGAAUCCACAAGAGCAGAAAUCGUUCUUCGCCAAAUACUGGUAUUUGAUUCUGGGAGGUGCCAUCUUCCUCAUGCUCACCAAUUCGGCACAGCCCCCAGCAGGGGGCGGCAGAGAGCAGAGCUGAUUCCCACUGAAUGGAUGUACAUCGUGCCUCUCGUUCUCUUCCUGAUGAUGUCAGGCGCCCAGGACCAAUCAGGCGGCGGCGCUGGCGGUGGAGCCGCCAACGGAGGUGGUCGAUGAUCAACUGUUUGUUUUUCCAGUAUCAUUCACUGAAUAAAAAUUCUCAGUUUUUAUCUGCUGUACAUAAAGCUAUUUAAGGAGGAACAUAUUUGUUGUGCAUCUGAAAUCUGUACAGUAAGAAGGAAACUUUGCGAUUCGCAGGUGACUGCACUUUUACUACUAAUGUGGAAAAUAAAGUAUUUAUUACUUUA